GUAAAGGUCUUUACUCUCCGGCGAAUGGACGCGCUCGUGAAACCGACAUGCACUUAAAGUGGGAGAUAGCAGCUAGAAUAUAUAUACAUUCGCUCGUAUACACACAGUAUCUUUACAACCAUCGUCCUCAUCGUCAAUCAUUUCCGAUCAUACGCGGAAAAUAGCAAAUUUCAAAGAUAUCUCGUGAAAAUUACUGGCUACAAACUUUAAUCACUCUCACUUUUAUUUCUUAUCUUAUUUUAAUUUGCAUUCAAGUUUGAUUGAGUAAAUGUCUUUAGUCUCACUUGAAAUAUUCUCAAACGUUUGCGAAACAUUUUUUUUUAAGAGCCUUUCUGAAAAUAAGUAUAAAUUAUUGAAUGAUAAAGCUCUUCAUACCUUCCUGACAAGAAACAUUGUUUUGUGAAAAUGACAUGGUAUAAAUUUAUUCUGUGCUUGUCGCUGUUGCACCGAUUUUCGAUUUGUUUGCACGUAAAUUCAAUUGCGCUGUCCUCGCAAGAUCUUCCGGCUCUAGAAGAUUUCGUUACUGCAAAUGUUCAGAAGAAUUUUACCGAACAGUUCAUCCGUGUUGAAACCAGACCUGAAUUUCCAUCGAGAAGCACCAGUGCGUUAAACAGCACCGAAGAAGCUAACAACGAACACUGGAGUCUUGAUCGAGUUUUAAAAAUCUGGGAUCCAAUCGCCAUCUCGCGUAUUUGGCAGAACGAGACUUACCAGGAUGCCGGCAUUUCACUAUCCUGCGGUGAAGAUUUUACUCGUUAUAUGACAGGUGUAUCGAGAAAUACGAUCUGGGCUUUGAAAAUGAUGGACGCGGAUGGCAAGCGCACGUGGGGCACAUUUUCCGGUAACAUAUAUUGGCUCGGAGACGCGGCUCAAUGUUACAAAAUGGAAAAUGAAUUUGCGGAAUGGCAAAGGGAUGGGAGACUCCAGCGAAACGAAGAAUUACCGCCCUUUCGCGUCAAUAUGAACUCCGUCAGUUUCGCCCUUCGCAUUCCUCACGAAUCAGCAUUAAACGGGAUAAUCGGCGCUCGCAACAUCACGCUUGGAUUAUGCCUGCCAAUAACAUGCAACACAAGGGACGUCGAGAGACUUUUAUAUUUUAUACAAAUUCAAUUUAAUUCUGACUUUCCUUUAAGGAUUAUUAUCGACCACGUACGAAAUCUUUCGAUGGGAUAUACAUUUUGGGAGGACACGACAUUUUAUAUCUUACUAAUUUCCUUCAUCGUGGUACUUGUGCUCACACUCAUCGGUACUUGUUACGAUGUUACACUACGUUAUAAAAUCUUACGUAGGGGUGAGGAGGAGGAGGAGAACAGCGACGGUAACGCAGUCACGUUGUCAACACUGAAAUCAAACAAGAAGCUCGAUCGCAAAGUUACCAUUUCGAAAUUAUGGGCUGUUAAGACUCACAACGGUUCCUUGGAUAUUCGCAAUUCGAAUAGUAUGCCGAAACCUUGCUCGGAAGCUUUGCUGUCCUUCAGUCUACUCGUCAAUAUAUUCAAACUUUGCAGUCUGGACGUUGGUGUGGAUACUUUAGCGCCGAUACAUGGCUUGAGAUUUUAUUCCAUGCUCUGGGUGAUACUGACGCACACGUGCUUAAUAUUCAACGAAAUCUCAGAAAACAAGACAUUCCGGGACAGAGCGGAGAAACACAUUCUCUAUCAUACCGUCGGUAACAGCAUAUAUUCCGUAGAUACGUUCUUCUUCAUCAGCGGAUGCUUGGUGACAUUUCUCUAUUAUCGCGCUAUGGCGAACAAGAGGUUACGGGAGAGACGGGUGACGCAGGGAUGUCGGGGUCAGAUUCUGCAAUAUUUGGCCAUGAUGUUGUACAGAUAUUUUCGCUUGACUCCGAUUUACUUGCUGGUGAUCGGCCUGGUCCAGGUGUCGAUGAAAUGGUAUCACGAUCAUUCCAUGAUUGAAUUAUCCACGGCACUGGACUACGAGACCUGUGGGAAGUUCUGGUGGCGGAACGCUCUGUAUAUAAAUACCUUUUACAGUGUGGCCGAACGAUGCAUCUCCUGGAGUUGGUACCUUGCGAACGACACACAAUUUUACACCGUAGGCACGAUCAUCCUGCUAAUCGGAGCGAACUUUCUACCGGCGGCCGCAGUUAUCAUCGCUUUCUUUUUGAUCGGCUCGUGGGUCACGACGGCGAUAAUUACUUUGCAUGCUGGACACGUGCCAAGCAUCCAGGAUCCGUUCGCUCACUAUGAGAGCCUGUACGACAAGCCGUGGACGAGAAUAGGACCGUAUCUCAUAGGAAUAGUCACUGGUUGGUACCUCUUCAGGAUCAACUGCAAAGCGGAUAUGAAGAAAGUUGUUGUUGCAUUCGGUUGGCCUCUCUCCUUGGUUAUCAUGAUAUGUAUAGUGUAUGGAUUGCACGAAGCUAACUUUGGACCGACAUUAUCCGUGCUCUACACAACGCUCUCACAUUCCGCCUGGGCGAUGUGUCUGGCGUGGAUCCUGAUCGCCUGCGUUACCGAUCACGGUGGUGCGGUGAAUCGUGUACUCUCCUGGAAAUACAUGUAUCCGCUCUCGAGAUUGACGUAUUGCGUCUAUCUAGUGCAUCCCAUGCUCAUAAGAGUUUUCAUUCUACAGAGCGGACGUUCGUGGUAUCUCUCGAUCAGUUCCUUGGCGGUGCUAUUUUUGGGGAAUGUGGUGACAUCAUACGCCGUGUCGCUGUUCCUCAGUCUGUUAUUCGAGGCACCCAUGGUAUCUCUGUUAAGAAUACUGCACCCCUUGAGAGAGUGGAAGCAGCUGUAAUUCACUUUUGCAUCAUCAAUAUGAAGCACCAAGAAGAAGAUAGGGAAAUGAAGAAAGAUCAAAAGAGUACCGUGCAUACAUGUGCAUGCAAAAAUAUAUAUUAUAUUCAGCUUUUGUACAUUGAUAAAAUAGAUAAAAUAGAUAUCUAUGUUUCCAACGACAAUUCAACGCAAAAAUCAC